AUGUUUGAAGAUUUUUGCUGCUGCUGCGGAAUGCUUCUAAAACUAGAUAAAAACAACAAGAAAGUUCAAGAAGAUCUUUUGUCUGUUACUCCUCAGUGCUUUAAGCUGACGGAUUCUCCUAAAAGCAAAGUUAAUAUGGUAAUAUGUAACAAUAAUUCAUUCCCUGUGUAUUUUAAAUUGUACUCAUCGAAUGUUCAUGCUAUACGUUUUCGACCUAUGGAAGGCUGUAUACCAUCUGAUGAACAGAUAUCUGUAACUGUGGUGCAGAAAUCUCCGAAAAAAGAAGGGAUCACUGUCACAGUAUCCCCAUCUCCUCGUACAGAAAACAGCCAACUUCACGCAAGACGCCAAGACACACACUCUAAAACUAAACGUCAGUGCGAAAAUAAUAACAGUCAGCAGGAUACUUCCAAUAAAUUCAAAGAACAUAACCGCUGUCAUUACUGCAAACUAAAACAAUGUCAUAUACAACACGAAGCGCUCAAAAAAUCUUGUUUAUGCGAUGUGAGAAAUGAUUGCUUUGAGGAAGUGAACAAAACCUGGAAAGAGGGACAUUCAUCAAAAGAUAUUGCUCCGCUUGGUAGAAAAGAUGAACUACAGGGUUCAAAGACAUGCAAAUGCUGUACAGUAUCGAAAGUUUCACCUCAUGGAGGAAUAAAGACUCAUACAAGAAUGAAACAUAAGAGCAUCGAAGAGUCUUCAUCUGAAGAUGAGCCUUCUGGACUUAAAAGUACGAGAUUCAUAUCUUAUCCUAACCAGAAAAUAGAAAAUGAGAAAGAAACUGAAAAGAAAAAAUCUGAUUCUGAAGAAUCAUCCAUAUCCACCACACCUACACCUGCGAAACAGCAUUCAAGAGCAAAAAGAAAUUCAAACAACAGAAAGAAAUUCAACAGAGAAACAAUCGGAAAACGCGUGGAAAUUUUAUGCGAGAAUAUACAGCGCACCGUUAGAAGUAAUUUUUGCAUCCAGAUGCUGAUUCUACUGAUCAUAGUUAUAAUUGUCGUCUCUGGAAUUGGUUGCGGUCGGCGGACUGGAUGGUCUUUUCCAUGUUUUUAUGAUUUCUUCCGGCGAUAUUAGUUUGCUUUAGUUGUAGUUUAGUUCGUAUAUGUUAAUAACACUAUUUUGAACCUGUAAUAUCGUUAUUCUUAUAUCUAGAAGUAGAAAUUUUUAUAAUAAAUCUAUUUCA